AUGGCCGGAAGGAGACGGGAUAACUGCGGGGUGCCAAGGCAGGACCGGCCAGAUUUAAGGCCACCCCUGCUGCAGCCCCGGUGGCACAGUGGCACGACACGAAGGAGGCCGUCUCUGCCCAGCGAAUAUGUUAACUCCGCGAGGAGCCGGGUCAGGGAGGCCUCUGCUUCCUGCUCCUGGGCGCUGCCUUCAGCACAGGCCGAGGUGAUCCUGUGCCACAUCCAGAGACGAGACAUCACCCACUGGGUGUCAGGGGCCUUCAUGAUCCCAUUCCUCAUCCUGCUGGUCCUCAAGGGCAUCCCCCUGCUGUACCUGGAGUUUGCCAUUGGGCAGAGGCUGCACAAGGGGCCUGUGGGCAUGUGGAGCGCCAUGCACCCAGCCCUCAAGGGUGUAGGCAUCACCGCCAUGCUAGCAUCCUUCAUGGUCGGGCUGUACAACUCCAUCAUCGCCUGGAUCUUCGGGUACUUCUUCAACUCCUUCCAGGACCGGCUGCCCUGGAGCCAGUGCCCGCUGGACCAGAACCUUACUGGCUACACGGAUGAGUGUGCGCGCAGCUCCUCCGUGGACUAAUUCUGGUACCGCGAGACGCUCAACAUAUCCACGUCCAUCAACGACACGGGCUCGGUGCAGCGGUGGAUCCUGCUGUGCCUGACGUGUGCCUGGAGCGCGCUCUACGUGUGCACCAUCCGCGGAAUCGAGACAACGGGCAAGGCCGUGUACACGACUUCUAGGCUACCCUACCUCGUGCUCGCCAUCUUCCUGAUCCGCAGCCUGAGGCUGAAGGGCGCGGGCGCCAGCAUCGCCUUCCUCUUCACGCCCAACGUGACUGGCCAACCGGUCACCUGGCUGGAUGCGGGCGGGCAGGUGUUCUACUCCUUCUCGCUGGCCCUCGGCGGCCUCCUCUCCUUCUCCAGCUACAACUCGAUGCAUGUGGGGUGCGAGAUGGUGGUCAUCUCCAUCAAUGGCUUCAUGUCCGUGUAAGCGGCCACAGUGAUCUACUCCAUCAUCGGCUUCUGCACCACCGAGCGCUAUGACGACUGCUUCAGCACGAACCUCCUGACCCUCAUCAACGCCUUCGACCUGCCGGAGGGCAAUGUGACCCAGGAGAACUUCGCGGAGAUGCAGCUCUGGUGGAAUGCCACGGACCCCGCAGCCUACGCCCAGCUCACAUUCCAGAGCUGCAGCAUGAACUCCUUCCUCUCAGAGGGCAUAAAGGGCAUGGGCCUGGCCUUCAUUGUCUUCACAGAGGCCAUCACCAAGAUGCCGGUGUUGCUGCUGUGGUCCGUGCUGUUCUUCCUCAUGCUCUUCUGCCUGAGCCUGUCGUCCAUGUUCGGGAACAUGGAGGGCAUGGCUGUGUCACUGCAGGACCUCACGCUCAUCCCCACCAAGUGCCCUAAGGAGCUGCUCACAGGCCUCACCUGCCUGGGGACCUACCUCCUGGCCCUCAUCUUCACACAGAACUAUGGCCAGUACUGGCUCUCCCUCCCAGACAGAUAUGUGAGCUCCAUCCCCCUGCUCAUCAUUGCAUUCUGCUAGGUGUUCGGGAUCCUCUACAUGUAUGGCAUUGAUAGGUUCAACAAGGACAUUGAGUUCAUGAUUGGGCACAAACCCAACAUCUUCUGGCAGCUCAUGUGGUGGGUUGUCAGCCCCCAGAUCAUGCUGGUCAUCUUCCCCUUCUACUUUACGGUCAAAGUCAGCAAGGAGCUGAUCUACAGUGUCUGGUACCCCAGCUACGAGGAGUUCCUCAAAUCCUGGCAGGUCAGGUACCUGCCCUGGGUGUACAUGGUGGUGGUGGUCGUGGCUGCCAUGCCCAGCCUCAUCAUCCCCUGUUUCGCCAUCUGCAAGCUCAUCAGGGGCCACUGCCAGCAGCCAGGGGACCAGCAGGGCCUGGUCAGCAUGCAGUCCACGGCUUCCAUGAAUGGGGACCUCAAGUACUGA